GCGUUAGGAGGCUCGGGUCGUUGUGCUGCGCCGUCUUCCCGCCUGCGUCAGGGACCUGCCCGGCUUAGUGGCACCAUGGCAUCAGACGAAGGCAAGCUUUUCGUUGGCGGGCUGAGUUUUGAUACCAACGAGCAGUCUCUGGAACAGGUCUUCUCCAAAUACGGGCAGAUCUCUGAAGUGGUGGUCGUGAAAGACAGGGAGACCCAGAGGUCACGCGGCUUUGGGUUUGUCACCUUCGAAAACAUUGACGAUGCCAAGGAUGCCAUGAUGGCCAUGAAUGGAAAGUCUGUAGAUGGACGGCAGAUUCGAGUGGACCAGGCUGGGAAAUCCUCCGACAACCGCUCCCGAGGGUAUCGGGGUGGCUCUGCUGGAGGCCGGGGCUUCUUCCGCGGGGGCCGAGGCCGGGGCCGUGGCUUCUCCAGAGGUGGAGGGGACCGAGGCUACGGUGGGAGCCGGUUUGAGUCCCGGAGUGGAGGCUACGGAGGCUCUAGAGAUUACUACAGCAGCCGGAGUCAGGGUGGCGGCUACGGUGACCGGAGCUCAGGCGGGUCCUACAGAGACAGCUAUGACAGCUAUGCUACACACAACGAGUAAAAAUCCUUCCUGCUCAAGAUCGUCCUUCCAAUGGCCGUAUAUUUAAAGAUUUUGGGAGCUUCGCUGAAAUCGUUCAUGUGUAGUGAACACACCUUGUAUUUCCACUUUUGUAGUCUUUUCAGUUCUGAUCUUGUCAAACACAGCCUGACAGCUUCUGACCCCGAGAGGGCCCAGUUCUAGAGUUUUCUUUUUGAGGAAGCGCUGUCCGUUUUUAAGGGUUUUGAAAACGUUCUGGAAAGCACUUCAGAUUUUACUUUUUCUUUUUAUCAUGAGCCAUGA